AUGAGCGACGAAGCCCAGAGCUUGCUCCCGACGGACGCGUCGCCUGCGUACGCCCCGCCGCCCGCCGACCUCGAGAAGGCCAUCGAGACGCCGACGAGCACGCGCGCCGAGAUCGUCUCGCUCGUGCAGCUCGCGUAUCCGUUGGUCGCGACCUUUGCAAUGGAGUUCCUGCCCGGCUUCCUCUCGGUCGCGCUUGUUGGCCACCUCAACUCGGCGUACACGAAGGAGUUUGUGGAUGCGGCAGCGCUCUCGACGGUCUUUCUCAACGUCUCUGGCUUGUCGAUCGGCUUUGGCCUCGCGUCGGCCAUGGACACGCUCUGCUCGCAGUCGGUCGGUGCUGGCAAGAUCUACAUGCUCGGCGUGUACCUUCAAAGUGGCAUGAUUGUCCUCUCGCUCGCGUACAUUCCGAUGGUGCUCAUGAACUACAACACGACGUACUUCCUCAACCUCCUCGGCCAAGACGCGAUGGUGGCGUCGCUGGCUGGCGAGUUUUCGCGCGUGACUGUGUUUUGCCUCCCGAGCCUCUUCUUGUACGAGCUCCUCAAGAAGGUGCUGCAGGCCCAGCACAUUGUCGCGCCCAUGGCUUACAUCGCGGUCGCGAGCAACUUUAUCUACAUCGGCGUCGGGUACUACCUCUGCUACCACACGAGCCUCGGGUUUAUUGGCGCGGCGUAUGCGCGCUUGGUGAGCAACUUUUGCAUGCCGCUCAUGGUGCUGCCGUACUUGCUCUGGAACCCGGUGUACACGACGUGGUGGCCGGACGAGCACACCAUGUCGUCGCAGUGGGGUGAAGCCUUUGCCCACGUGUACGAGUUUGUCACGUUUGGUGUGCCGGGCAUGCUCAUGAUGCUCAUGGAGUGGUGGGCGUUCGAGAUGCUGGCGCUCAUGGCCGGCUGGAUGCCCAAUCCCGUCCUCUCCAUCAGUGUGCACUCGGUCUUGAUCAACCUCUCGGCCAUGGCGUACAGUCUCUUCCUCGGCAUCUCGGUCGCCACGACGAUCCGAGUUGGCAACGCGCUCGGUGCCUACGAGCCGCAACGCGCCAAGGCGAUCGGCAAGGCCGCGUACUGCGUGUCGUUUGCCGCUGCCAUGUUGGUCGCGACGUUCUUCCUUGCCACCCACAACGGGGAUGCGCACUUGGAAUGGGCGAGUAGGCCAAAAGCUGCUUGCUUGAUUGAAACUUUAUAACCUCUAAAAAGAAAUACAGACCCCGCCGAUCGAUUGCUAAAGGGUCGGGUCUCGCAU